AUGAGCGCGGCUGUGCCGAGUGCUGCUGUGCGCUUCACAACAUGUGGUGCUAGCAAUGCACCGCUCGCUCCUUUCGGUCCCUGUUGCGAUAGUGAACACAUCGGGGCCGCGCGCUCCUCGCGGAGGAUGCCGCGAAGCGGAGGGCGGGAUGGCUUCGACUUCAGCUUCCUGACCAACAGGGAUGACAGUCAGGGAUUUAUCGCUGAAGAGGACCGGGUCAACUGCCCUUUUUACUUCAAGAUUGGGGCAUGCCGGAACGGUGACCGCUGCAAUCGUGCUCACAGCAAGCCGACCAGUGGAAACACAAUUCUGAUUCCUCAUCUGUAUCCCUGCAUCCCAGAGGCUAUGGCUGUGGCAAACGAUGACGAGUGGGACGAUGAGACCUACGCUCGACAACAGGAGCACCUGGAACACUUCUAUGAGGAAGUCUUCCUGGAGUUGGCAAAGUUUGGCGAGGCGAUGGUUGCUUUGUGCGAAGAUGCCGAGUACAGAGGGCAGCUCAGUGCCUGGCUGCAAAAGAAGAAAAGUGGAACAUCAGCAUUCAGGAUGCGAGAGUACAACAAGCGGUACUUCACCCUGGAUUUCGACACGCACACCUUCUUCUAUGCCCACUCUGAAGGCAGCAGCAAGGUGUCGGCUGUGACGCCGUUUGCUGACAUCGUCGAUGUGAGGAUGCCCGAGGCCGACCUCAAAGGAGACAACAUCUCCGAGUUCAGCAAGGGCAGCAAGCGCUCUUUCCUUCAGCGCACGACGAGCUUCCUCAAAACCGCGAAGGAGGCCGAGGAGCAGCACGUGCUCACGGUCAUGACUCGUCCGGCGAAAACCAUGGAGCUAAUGUGCUCUUCCGCGACGGAGGCUUCGACCUGGUUCGAGGCACUGAAGACGGCCAUUGCGAUGGACAGGGAGCAGGCGACAGAGGCCGGGCACACCACGGCCAGUGCCUCUGAGAGCGAUGAGAAGCCGCCAGCUCCGCCCCUACGUGGCGGGUACCCGACUCCGGCUCCAGCCCCCGUUCCCAGCCGAGGUGUGCCUGAAGCACCCAGCGUUGGUGCAAAGGACGAGCCCGAGCCAGAAGAGGUUGGGGAAAUCUCCCCGCCGCCGGCUCGAGGGACAUUUCUUGACCUCAGCGUGGAGGCCCCUUCUGAGCCAGUGGCGCCACCUCAGCAAGGUGAUGCCCUGGCAGAUGGUGGCACUGUUGUCGAGGCAGCUGGACCGGUGGUGCUGCAGGCCGCAGAUUUCGGCUUCGCAGAGGAGGAGGAUUCCGCCAGUGCCUCCUCCGGUGCUUCCACACCUCGGGACACCGGUGCCGUGCUUGCUGCUGAUGCGCCCCCAUCGCCAGCUCAUGCUGCACGACGUCCCUCUGGGACCUAUGGCGACCGGCACGAGGGCAUGUCCAUGAAGGAACGCCUGGACAGCUUGGAGUUCUCUGAUGCGGAGGACGAGAUCGAAGACAUGGUUGUGCUGGACAACGUGUCAGAGCACAUGCUCGGGCACGUCUACUGCAAGUACUUCAAUGAUGACGAUGCUGCCAAGGCGCAGCAACAGAUGUCCAACCGCUUCUAUGGCAGCCGCCUCGUCCAAGCAGAGUUCAGCCCAGUGGCCGACUUUCGAGAAGCUCGGUGUAGGGCCUUCCACGAGACGCGGUGCGCGCGCGGUGGAAUGUGCAACUUCAUGCACAUCAAGCAUAUCCCCAAGGCGGUGAAGCGGAGCAUCGUCCGGCAGAUGUACGAAGCACAUCCUGAUUAUGCAGGUGCCAAAGCAGCGCUCGCUGGGCAGCCGGCAAAGAAGAAGCGAAAGGUGGGGGUUUUAAAAGUUCGCAUCUUUGGCUUCAGGCCUUUAAGCUCAGGGAACUAUUCCGAUCCCUUGUCGUUGAGCUACCUACCCGGUGGCUAA